CUCAAUCAGAGGAAACUGACUCAGACGGAGACAGACUGAUUGAGUACAAGUUAGGGGGAGGGACAGACAAAGAAAAAGUAUCUCACUCGGCCGAGUGAAGAGUAAUCCGAAGUAAAGCGAAACAGCUCCCUACCUCCCUCAGGUACAAGAUGAGUACCCAAUUCAACAAGGGCCCUUCUUACGGCCUGUCUGCAGAGGUGAAGAACAAGCUUGCACAGAAGUAUGACCCUUCCACAGAGGUGGAGCUGAAGGUCUGGAUAGAAGAGGUCACUGGAAUGUCCAUUGGGCCAGACUUCCAAAAAGGGUUAAAGGAUGGUGUCAUCCUGUGCGAACUCAUGAACAAACUCAGACCGAACUCGAUCCCAAAAAUAAAUGUCUCCAAACAAAACUGGCACCAGCUUGAGAACCUCUCCAACUUCAUCAAAGCCAUGUCUCUGUAUGGGAUGAAAUCUGUAGAUCUAUUUGAAGCCAAUGAUCUCUUUGAGAAUGGAAAUAUGACACAAGUACAAGUGUCUUUGCUGGCGCUAGCCGGAUUGGCAAAAACGCGAGGUCUGCAGAGUGACGUUGACAUUGGUGUGAAAUACUCGGAGAAGCAAGAGAGAAACUUUGAUGAGCACACAAAGAAAGCAGGACAGUGCGUUAUUGGGCUACAGAUGGGUACAAACAAGUGUGCCAGCCAAUCUGGGAUGACUGCAUAUGGUACAAGAAGGCAUCUGUACGACCCAAAGCAUAACAUUCUUGCACCUAUGGACCAUUCCACUAUCAGCCUGCAAAUGGGUACCAACAAAGGCGCCAGCCAGGUGGGUAUGACUGCUCCCGGGACCCGGCGUCACAUAUACGAUACCAAAACAGGAACAGAAAAAUGUGAUAACUCAUCCAUGUCGCUGCAGAUGGGUUACAAUCAGGGCGCCAACCAGAGUGGGCAGAUUUUUGGCCUUGGACGGCAGAUUUAUGACCCCAAAUAUUGUCCCCAGGGCAACCCUAACAAUCUGUCUCAAACAAACUCGGAUGAGGAGGAGGGCUACUCACAGCAUCACUAUGCUCAGGAGCAGGAAUUCUAAUCCUCUGGUACAAUAUGAUUCAUCUGAGGUUGGGGGUAGCAGUCUUGUGCUAUCAUGGGCUUUUGAAUUCAUCUCUUACAACAAUACUACAGUAGUUCAUAUCAUGUGGAUGUGAAAAUUCACAUUUUUGUACAUGGUUUGAAGUGUAAAAUAAGAAUUAUACACUACCAUGAUUUUAUUUUAAUAAACAAAGCUGCCACUUUUUAAUUAUAUAUUCUAAUAGUAGUUACAGGGGUUGCUCGGGGUGAGGAUCCCCUUUGAUUUCUUCCAUGCAAAACAACCCUGCUAUUUAGGAUUAAAAAGUGCCUUUAUUGUAGGUCUCAGGUUAUAGCAGUAUUAACCCUUGCCUUAUGUAACAUCUGAAUGACGGAGAAGCAUCUUAAAGAUUAUAUGAGUCUUGCUGGAAUUAAAGCCACAGGGUGAAUUAAAUGAUGAGGAAAAGUGUUUUUCUCUUUUUUGCUGGACCAAACCUAAUCCUCUUUAUGUUUUUGUACAUAUUUUUAUAUAUAUAGUUGUAUUUUAAUAUUAAACUUUCAGUUCAAGACCAAAGUACCUCCACUAUCUGCCUGUACUCUUAGUGGGAGAGUGAGGAUUCUUUUACAUGUCUGUUACAAGGACCUGGUCAAUACUUAAACUUUUUCAUGUGCUAUUUUUAAGUGUAAUAUCAAACUAGCGUUUAAUUAAGUUCUUGGACGUAUGUUUACUUUGUUUAAGAACAUCAUUUUUCUUUGCCUUCAAGGUCACUUAUUUAGUCUGUGCUGUGUAAUUUUUAAUUGCUGGGGAAACCACUCCAUUUUGGUAAAGGUCACAAACUUUUAAAACCUAUUAAUGUCUUGUUGGCCCAUCUCCAAAAUAAAAUUACAUGCCUGUGAAUAUUUAAACUGGCUGUGCAUAUGUUUUAUGUUUCAAGGGCUGCCUUUUGUAUUGUCUGCCUAAUUCUUGAAGGAAAGUGUACAGGAGUUCUCUCAUAUCUGUGAAAAACAAGUUUAUUCAUCUCCUAUGACCAUAUGUGAAAAGGUACCAAAACUCUAGGGAGGUGACAUAAAAAAUAAACCCAGUUGGUGUACCUGAUGUAGGAACAAAUCCAAAAUGGAUAAAACAUUGUGCGGAUUAUCAGAAAUCCUUAACUUGCAUAAAGAGUUAUGUGACUAUGGAGUAAUUCAGGUAUAUCAACCAGAAAUACAAUAUGUGAAUGUUGUCUCUUUUUUUGUGUGUUUUUUCGCAAAAUAAAAAGAUGGAUUGGAUUAA